UUGAGAGGUGAAAGUGAUUCUUGGUACCCACAAUACAAACCAUUCAUAUAACUCGUGGCUCCGCUGAUUCCCCGUUUGAUUCACUCAUUCUUCUUCUCUACUACUAAAUCUAUUUCUCUCUAAACCCAACUUCUCAUUUUGCUGCUUCAUCAACUACCCCCAAACAAACAGGGAACAAUAUCAUAUGAUGGUCCAAACAUGCUAAUGGUGUAUGCUCCCAGAGCUACUCUAAAGUCCCAUUUAUAUCAAGAUCAUCAUUACUCACCCUCCCUGCAACAAACAUAUCCAUACAAGAUCAAUCAUCUUAAUUUCUUAAAUUGCAAUCCUUCUUCUUUCCAUAAACCUUUUGCAAGUCCAUGUAGCAAUAUAUUUCAUAGUUCUUCUGGGAAUUGUGAUCUAUUCCAUCAUGUUGCUACACAUAAAUGGCUGUGUGGGUUACAUGAUUCUGUUUCGUCUGAAGAUGAGUACCGUUCUUCACGCAACAUAGCCAUCAGCUUGUAUAGGCGAUACAGGAAUUUCAUUGAUCGCGGUGGAGGUGACAAUCUAAAGGAGUUCAUCAGUGCUGGGGUAAAUGCUUAUGCACUUGGGUGCACUGAUGAAGGAUUAAGGAGGGAACUUAUUGACAUCAAGGAUUCUGGUAUUGAAAUUGAAGCGAUGCAGAGUUAUGGUGGGAGCACGAGUUUAAAGUCCAAGAUCAUCUCAGAGGAGGUUGAUGAGUGCAUUCUCUGGUUAAGCAUUAUAUUCAUCACCAUCUUGUGCACACCCCAACCAACUAUUGUUAGAUGGUCAUCUACACCUCCUGUUUCAGAUGAAGUGAGACUUCAGUGGAAAGGAUUUUGUGCCCUUAUAGCAAAUGCAUAUUUUAUGAAGGGAAUGGCUUGGCUUCCUGUAAAAACUCUUCAACUAGAGCAAACGGCUGUGAUGGGUCAAGCUGAGCAACCGUCAGUUGUUGCUAGUCGAAUGCGAUUGAUAUUUAGCACUCUUGAGGUUGUGAGUCCACAGUGGCCAAGAGCAUAGAGCAUGAGAUUAUUGAACCAACAAUUUCACGUUGAGUCUAGCAACAUCGUGCCAGAUAAAAGAUUAAAAGGAAAGAAAAGCAAAAAAUUGAAUAGCCAUGUACACUUUAUAAUUUGAAAGUGUUGUUGAUAAAGGACUUCUGAUUUGUACAUUUUAUUAAGCGUUACGUUAUACAUGUAAUACCUUCAUGUCCUUGCCUCAUGUAUGACACAAAAUUAAUCACCAGUUGUUCCAAGCAGACAUGUUUCACU